AUGGGGUUCUGGCUGGGCACGCUGAUUUUCCUGAUCUUCGAGGCGCUGGGGUUCGGAGUGGUGCAGUUCAGCGGCAAGCCACACAGCACGAAGCUGCUGCACCACACCUUGGUAGGCAGCACCGUGAUCUGCUGUUGGAUGAUGUGGGGCAUCGUCUACCUGUCCCAGAUGUAUCCGCUGGUGCACCCCAUUUUGCAAGGCUAG